AUGUCCCGACCAAGGAAAGCCGACAAUCUUCCUCCACAAGCCACUUCGGAUUGUCGCGCCCGUAAUGACGCCAAGAAUAGCUACAAAAUUGCUCACAUGCACCACGCAAUCACCGCCAUCCAUGAUACUCGUCACACUCCAGAACAACAACUUCGGUCUCGCCCGCGCUACUACUACGACUCCAAAGCACCCUUCUUUGAGCCGAGUACUCCUUUGAACGAACCGCCUUUGGUCGCCAUGGAGCCCCUUUUUUAUUACUCGUUGACAGCAUCAACCAGCGCCUACGACGACGGGAAAUUUCUCCACGACGACGACGCAAAAUUCGCUUGCAAAAACGAUAUCAGCCUCGGCAACAAUCUACCUUUAGUCGACGAUGACCGCGGAAAGCCGACAACCAUCGCAUGCAAGGAGCUAUAUUUGGUCGACGACGCCUACGACAGCGCCUCUUUGAUCGACGACACCGUGGAGCUCAUUUUACGCAGCUACAAUAAUGACAAAUAA